AACUAUACAAUUUCAUUACAAAUUCAGUCAUAAAAGGACCCGAAUCCCUUCAUUACAUACCUACAUAGGUAAACAUGAAAGGCGCAAACGAGACGGCAAAGCGGAAACGGGCCUUUACCGAUCCUAUAGAAAAGGUCAACCAAAAGAGUGACGGUCAGUUCAUCAAGGAACAUUUAUGUCCCAGCGAUCCAUCAUGGACCUCAUGGGCUCAUCCAAGUACCCACGUGAAAUACUCGCUGUCUCUGGUCAGUGCGAGACGCUUGAGCAGCGACGAUUUGGAUGCGUGCUAUCGCCUCAUCGAGGAAACCAGCCGCGUCGACUACGAGGCUUCGACGACAGGGUGGAAGCCCGGCAAGAAGAUCGCCGAGAUGAAGUCCCCCGAGCUCAGAUAUAUCCUCGUGAAGAAUGAGGAGGACGGCGUUGUCCGCGGGUUCACUUCGCUUAUGCCUACGUAUGAGGAGGGAGAGCCGGUCGUGUACUGCUACGAGAUACAUCUAGCAAGCGAACUACAAAGAACUGGUCUAGGAAGAAAAUUAAUGUCUUUCCUGGAGAGCGUGGCAUCUCACACCCCGCCCAUCAAAAAGGUCAUGUUAACUUGUUUUCUAAGCAAUAAGAAGGCCCUUGGGUUUUACGAGUCGGCUGGGUUUACUAAGGACCAUAUAUCCCCUGUGCCGAAGAAGUUGAGAUAUGGAAGGGAAUUCAUCCCUGAUUAUGCCAUUAUGAGCAAGACUGUUGAUUCAAGCGAGGCUGUCUUGGGGCCUCCUCCUUCAUAGUAUGAAUACAAAAACGUAAGCUCUUGAUUGCGUGGGUCAAGCAGCGUCGAAUGGGACUUCUACACUCAUACCUGCCCUUCAGAAAGCAGACAGGGGAAAGCGCUUUGCAUACUGGUGCUCAUUGUACACUAUACUGCAAACAACUUCUCUUCCUCAGUCAGUAGUUGACUGGCACACUCCAAGAAUAUUAGGUACUCGUCCUGUUCUGCCAUAGCUCUGAAGACUACCUACCCCCAAGCACCUUAACAUCAGCACAUUAACACU